AGUCACAACCUGUCCCAUGAUGAGUAAGUAUCCAAUGGGUGGAAAAUUUUUUACUGAUUAUGAUAUAGAAAUAUAGAAAUAAAUUCUAUUUUUCUUUAUAGUGUAUAAAUUUGAGACCUAUGCUUGAGUUUUGUAGAACAAGCAUUGUUAAUUAUUAUUUUUUCAAUGUCUUCUAAAAUUUGAAGACAAAUAGAGAAUAUAUUCCAAAGUAUUCCUGUAGAAAUAAAAUGGUGAUGCAGCAUAGCUAGCUAGGUCAUAGGCACUGUAUGGGCGUGUCACAACAAAAAUGUUUGCUUGUUACCUGAUGAAUAAAGUCUAUGUUGUUACGAAAGUCUAUUACAUGAAAGGUAGUUUAUUUCUUUAUUUUACUUGUUUUUAAAUUUUUUAAUGUUUCUUUUUGAGAGACAGAGAGACAAAGCGUGAGCAAGUGAGGGGCAGAGAGAGAGGGAGACACAGAAUCUGAAGCAGGCUCCAGGCUCUGAGCUGUCAGCACAGAGCCCGAUGCGGGGCUCAAACCCAUGAAAUGAGAGAUCAUGACCUGAGCUGAAGUCAGAAUAAGCCACCCAGGUGCCCCCAUGAAAGGUAGUUUAAAGGCAACAGUGUAUAAGGUGUAAAAAUGUGGACCACAUCACCCAAUAGAAAGAGAGGAACACAUGUAGAGAAAGAGGUUUGAUCAAAGAAAAGGAUUUGUAGUGUCUAUUUGGUUGAGCUAUGGAAGCUUUUCCUUAAUAUGUUCAAAUUGUAUCUAAUUAAGAAUAUGCCUGGUUACUCCCAAAUGGGUGAUUAGGAUUGAGUAGUGCUAUUAUUAUAUGACCAGAAAACUACACUUUAAAAAAUAUGUAAUUUAAAAUAAUGUUUCUCAUUUUUAACUUGCACUGUAACUCUACUGAAAAUUAGAAUAACUGAGUUUCUUUUUUUCUUUUUCCCCUUCCCUUCCCUUCCCGUCCCUUCCCUCCCCUUCCUUUCCCUUCUCUUCCCUUCCCUAUCCUCUUUCCUGGCUAUGGGUAAUUUACUCAGGUGCCUAAAUGGAUUGUUUAAUCUCAUCGUGCCUCAGUUUCCUUACUUAUAAAUGAGGGGAUUGAGCAACACAAUAUUCUUCAAGCAACAACAAAUUUAUUGAUUUUUUAACCACAAAAGUUAUAGUGGGACAUAGAAGAAAAGUAAAAUGUUUAGAAAAGUAUAGAAAUGCAAAAAAAACCUUAUACACUAUUUCACUCCUCCUUAGAUAAUCUUUUUUUUCCCCUUUGUGUAUAUACCCACCCAUAUACCUUUUGUUUUUGUUUUACAAAAUUGUAUCAUAGAAUAUAUAUUCCUUUAUCAUCUCAUUUUUCCUUCACUUAAUACAGUACGUUGCAUAUCUCUUUAUGUCAUUAAAUAUAAUUCAGCAAGAUCUUUCUUUGUGAUGGUAUUUAAUGAUUUGAAUAUGCCACAAUUUAUUUAAAUAGUUGGCUACUAUUAAACAAUUAGUUUCUAAUUUUACACUCUUAAAAAAAUGCUGCAAUGCUCAUCCUUGUUGUUAAAUCAUUGUGCACAUGUGUGAUUUGGGAUAAAUUCCCAGAAAUGGAAUUGCUAGGUCAAAGGAUUUUUGUUAUAUAACGCCAAACCCCUCUCUACAAAUUCUGUGCCAAUUUACACUUCAUCAGCAGUGUGCAAGAGUGUCUGUUUCUUUUCUACUCUCACCAGCACAGGAUUAUAUCAUUUAAGAUGAUAUGCUUUUAGAUUUUCCAUUCAAGAUCGUCUUGAAGCAAAAAUGUUUGCUCCUCUGCCUACUAAAGACCCCAUCUAAAUAACAGACAAAGAAAAAAAGGGGAGGGAUAAAAUUCUAUAACAACUGAGUCAGCAGAAGGGAUCUAUCAUCACAUUAUCUCAGUGACUUUCUGGGGAUGAAAGUAGAGGGCAGGGUGGCAAUUGAUGGGACAGAAUGGCAAUACUGAAGAGUCACAGCCAGGAACAUGUGCAGAAGAUACUGGAGCCUUGUCUGCAGGACCCAGAAGGGGCUCCAAGUUUGAAGACUGUAGGAACCUCGAAGACGUGAGAUGUGUAGCUGAAAACAUGUGCCCAUCUAAAGGUCUAUAUGUACAACUAUGUACUCCCUACUCUCACUACAGAAGGUCCUGGAGCCAGACUCUGACUCCCAGGAACCAGACACCCUCUCGAGGAGCUCAGAAGUGAUGGAGAACAAUUACAUGUCUUGGAUUUUGAAUGGAGUCAAGAAAUGAACAUCUUUGUGAGCAGCCAUUUUUGGAAGGUUCUGCUGGGUUGUCCUAGCACAGAGACAGAGAAGUUGAAGAUUGAUCUGGAGCCAGAAGGAAGAGUGUAUGUGAUCAUUGAUCUGUCGGGGUCGUCGGGUGAAGCCCCUAAAGACAAUGAAGAGCGAGUGUUCAGGGAGCGCAUGCGGCCCAGGAAGCGGCAGGGGGCCGUCAGGCGCAGGGUCCACCAGGUCAACGGCCACAAGUUCAUGGCCACCUACCUUCGGCAGCCCACCUACUGCUCUCACUGCAGAGAUUUUAUCUGGGGUGUCAUAGGAAAGCAGGGAUACCAGUGUCAAGUUUGCACUUGCGUGGUCCACAAGCGAUGCCAUGAGCUCAUAAUUACGAAGUGUGCGGGAUUAAAGAAACAGGAAACUCCCGACGAGGUGGGCUCCCAGCGGUUCAGCGUCAACAUGCCCCACAAGUUUGGUAUCCACAACUACAAGGUCCCCACCUUCUGCGACCACUGUGGGUCCUUGCUCUGGGGCCUCUUACGGCAGGGUUUGCAGUGCAAAGUCUGCAAGAUGAACGUUCACCGACGCUGUGAGACCAACGUAGCUCCCAACUGUGGAGUGGACGCCAGAGGAAUUGCCAAAGUCCUGGCGGACCUAGGCGUCACUCCAGACAAAAUCACCAACAGCGGCCAGAGGAGGAAAAAGCUCAUCGCUGGCGCCGAGUCUCCGCAGCCUGCUUCCGGAAGCUCACCGUCUGAGGAAGAUCGAUCCAAGUCAGCACCCACCUCCCCUUGUGACCAGGAAAUAAAAGAACUUGAAAACAACAUUCGGAAGGCCUUGUCAUUUGACAACCGAGGGGAGGAGCACAGGGCGGCGGCCUGCAGCGAUGGCCACCUGGCGAGCCCCGGCGAGAACGGCGAAGUGCGGCAGGGCCAGGCCAAGCGCUUGGGUCUGGAUGAGUUCACCUUCAUCAAGGUGCUGGGCAAAGGCAGCUUUGGCAAGGUCAUGUUGGCCGAGCUGAAAGGCAAAGAUGAAGUAUAUGCUGUGAAAGUUUUAAAGAAGGAUGUCAUCCUCCAGGAUGAUGAUGUGGACUGCACGAUGACAGAGAAGAGGAUUUUGGCUCUGGCGCGGAAACACCCGUACCUGACCCAACUCUAUUGCUGCUUUCAGACCAAGGACCGCCUCUUUUUUGUCAUGGAGUAUGUCAAUGGUGGAGACCUCAUGUUCCAGAUUCAGCGCUCUCGAAAAUUCGAUGAGCCUCGUUCCCGGUUCUAUGCUGCAGAGGUUACGUCAGCCCUCAUGUUCCUCCACCAACAUGGAGUCAUCUACAGGGAUUUGAAACUGGACAACAUCCUUCUGGAUGCAGAAGGUCACUGCAAGCUAGCCGACUUUGGGAUGUGCAAGGAGGGGAUUCUGAACGGCGUCACAACCACCACAUUCUGUGGAACUCCUGACUACAUCGCACCCGAGAUCCUGCAGGAGUUGGAGUACGGCCCCUCGGUGGACUGGUGGGCCCUGGGGGUGCUGAUGUAUGAAAUGAUGGCUGGGCAGCCCCCGUUCGAGGCCGACAAUGAGGACGACCUGUUUGAGUCCAUCCUCCAUGACGACGUGCUCUACCCCGUCUGGCUCAGCAAGGAGGCCGUCAGCAUCCUGAAAGCCUUCAUGACCAAGAACCCCCACAAGCGCCUGGGCUGUGUGGCGGCACAGAACGGCGAGGACGCCAUCAAGCAGCACCCGUUCUUCAAGGAGAUCGACUGGGUUCUCCUGGAGCAGAAGAAGAUCAAGCCGCCCUUCAAGCCUCGAAUUAAAACCAAAAGAGACGUCAAUAACUUUGACCAAGACUUUACCCGGGAAGAGCCCGUCCUCACGCUCGUGGAUGAAGCAAUCGUGAAGCAGAUCAACCAGGAGGAAUUCAAAGGCUUCUCCUACUUUGGCGAAGACCUGAUGCCCUGAGAAGCUGUUCCAGGUGGAGUUUGGUGACGCUGCAGGAAAGGGUGCCGAGAAGAGUCCUAUUUCUGGAGGCUCAGAAGGCCUUGAACUGCCUCUCCUGUUCUCCAGAGCCCCAGUCCCUCGUCUACCCUCUAUUUAUUGUGUUCCCUCACCCCAGACGGGCUCCUCCCUCUUCCACCUGGGGACCAGAAGGCACUCUUGGUUCUUGUCUCACCAGUGAUGCAGAAUCGCAUGGGGUCAGCGGUCGGCUGGACACACUGCGUGUUUGGUCUGUUGGCAAGCCCGUUUCCCCUCCUCGGGGGCUCCUGGCAGCGAGGCAGCUUCGGUUCUUUUACUUCAAAGAGCAACAAGAAAAGCAAACAAGAAGGGCCUGGCCGUGCUAUUGGACAUAGGGGCCCGAUCACUCUCACUUCUGAGAGCCUCGGUUCUGAGGCUCCCACUUUUGAGAGCCUGCCGCCCUCCGCCCUUCUGUCCAGGAGAGACAGGUGCUUCUUCGGCAUGGGGGUGGGUGCCCUCGAGGCGCGCUGUGGUGGAGGCACACCGCGAGAUGCAUGGGUUGGCUGCCCGUGUUCGGCAGAAUGGCCAACGCUGGCUUGCUUCGGUUGUAGCUCUUGGGCAUGCCAAAGUUGUGAGAGCAUGUGUCUCGUGAAAGAAAUCACUCUUUGUAGAAAAAGAAAUCGGAUUUUGAACUCGGUUAACAUUUGAAGAAUAUAUCACCAAAUUGGCUUUCUAAUCGGCCAAAUGAUAUAAAUUCCAAUAUUAACGCAGGUAGAUAUUAAAGGGCUAUUAUACAAUGAGAAACCAACUGUCCAGGGUUUAGGCUGUUAACGUUUUUGUGGUUUGUGGCACAUGGGGGCUGGAUGAAUUGAGAGAGAAGAAAACAAGUAAUGCUCCUCAUUCUUCAAAUUCUGCCUGAACACAGAGACCACCGCAGCAAUGGCCAAGACCCUGAGGUUCUAGGAAAACUCACUCCCAAAUUCUCUUUCCAGUUUCGUUCUGAGUUCCCAGCAUACGCUCUAUUUAUUUCCUGCAACGGUGUGUUACUUUUGCGCACUUCUACGAAGAAUUGGUAGUACUGCUAUGUUGUGUUUUUUAGACAUUAAACAUGUAAAGUUAAAUAUGAAAUCUCUGCUUUCGGAGCAAGCUGAAUGAGGCUAAACGUGGGUUAUGCGGAGGGAAUCCAGAGACGGAACAGCAACUUAUCUGCAAACUGCCAAUGUGGAGAGACGUGCUCGGAGUUUUGUUUCUGUGUGACAUGCAAAUGGCAACUCGUGUGGGACACUAUUUCAUGGAUGUGAUGUUACCUCCUGUAGAUAUGCUAACAGUGUUACAUUCUUUGAUUUCCAAGAGUUCUCUGUGGCUUUGUGUAUAUGUUUCCCGGAGGUUAUUUGAUUAUCUAUUUUGCCGAACUGAUUUUAGCAGGGAAUGGAAUCCAUUCCAACUGUUGCACGCGGAUUUCCCAGCUGCCCCUAAAUAUAGAUACGUGUGAGUGGCAAAGUGGCAUUAAUGAAGCUUUUUGCCUUUUGUACAUUUGAGAUUUUUGUAUAUAGUGUUUGCUGCAAGGCCUGUGGAAUUAAUUCAUUGAACUUAGAGGUAUCAACUGCUGCAUGUUCAGGCAUAUUAUAAAACUUUAGUCUAUGAAAGAAUAAUUAUAAUAAUGUCCAGGUGCAAUACUCUGUAAGCGUAUUGGUUCAAGUUACCAAGAGAUAAGGUGUGUUUCUUUUUCAAGGAUGGGGAGGAGUCCUUUGUAUUGUUUAUUUCAUUUUGGUUUAUUUCAAAAGACGUAAACAUAUAGUAAGCUACAUUAAAUCUCACAUACAGUUCUCCUGUGCUCUGUUAUGCCCUGAGAGGGAUGGGGAAGCGAAAGGAAUGUUUUCGAUGGUGGUUUCGAAGCUUGGACGGUGACCAGCUCGAGCCCAUAGAAGGUUGGUGUCCAUAUUUGCAUCUGGUUGGCCGUAGCCUUUGUUAUUACUAAGGAUGACAUUCAGUUUCCUUUUGUUUUUAUUUUUGAAAAACUCAGGUGUAGUUAUGAUCCGUUCUUAUGAUACUUAGAAAUACUAUUACUCUAUCAGUUUGUGUGUUUGGCGUACCAGUGAAGAAGAACAGAUUAACUUAAUUUCUCUUCGGUAACUUGACGUACUGGGGGAGAGACUAUCUUCCGGAGUUGAGUACAAGCACAGAAACAUCUUCACGGUGGCAUCAUCUCAGUUUUUAAGAAGACGUGACAAUACUGCCCAUCAUACUCCUGCAUCACUACUGCUCUGUUUCUCCUCUGCUUCCUUCACCACGAUGAACCUGGAACAGCCAAGCAAGCUCUACCUGCAGGACGAGCGGCCUGCUUCAAGGCCCCGGUGGCGUUCCCAUGUCAGCAGGGCUCGGGCCCUUCCUACAGGACAACUGGCAUUUUGGCUGCAGAGUCAAGUAAUACAUUCCACCCGGCAGCUCCAGGCAGUCAUUCGCGGGGUGCCUGGCCCAGAGAUGCCCCCUUCCAGCACCGAAGCUGGGCUGGCUGGGAUGCCUCCUGCUUGGGGCCGGAGCUGAUCAGUUCCCUCACAGGCGGGUUCAAAUCCCAUGUCGUCUAUAGAAAAAAGCUUGUGUGUUCCUCGAGUAUUCACUGUUUCAUUUCAAUUUUCACAAGGCUUAGGAAGCGGACACACUAUUACAUUUCUUUCUAAUCUAUCCAGCUCUUGAGUGCAAAAAAAAAAAUGCCAAAAAAUAUAUGAAGGAUAGCUGUUCUCCUGUGUUCUCUCAUUAUGGACUUUGUGAAGUGGAAACAUCGUUUUUUCCUCCAAAGGUGAAAAAAAAAUGCAUUCUUGCUUUAAAAAAAAAAAAGAAGGCUAAGAAAUUACCUCUUUUUAAAUUAUGUGCAAAAUAAUUCUGGCUAAAUAUAAAAUGUACUCAAUUUUAGGGGUUUUUUUGUAUUGUGAUGCUUUAUUUGUACAUUUUUUUCCUUUCUGGAUGUAAUUUUAAUCUCUUGCCAUUCAUUAGUGUUAUUUCAUUGUAAACAUUAUUGUGCCAAAUGUACUGUAUUCAAAAGGAUGUGAAUGUGUAUUGUUUCAGAACCUAAUAAAUACAAUGGCGUUAAAUCUUA